AUGGAUUUUAAUAAUACUAAAGAUCAAAAUAAACGUGGAUUUAGCCUAUUUGGAAAUUAUAAUUUACCGGAACCAGUAACAGAUGUCCCUAUUCAUUCAACGCCCGGUACAAAUGCUUUAUCACCUUAUUUAAAUUUUGAUCCACAAGUAUUAAAUCCGAGUGGAUCACAAUUUAUUCUGCCCGAAGGCCAAAAAGAAAAACGUGGUCGACUUGAAUUGAUGUUUUUUACCAUUGGUGGCUCCGUUAUUGCUGGAAGCUUUAUUGGUGCUGGCUCAGGAUUGUAUCGUGGUAUUCGUGAAACUCGAGAUUUAACUGGAUCUGUGCGAACAUCAGCUAUUAUUAAUUAUGUCGGUCGACAAGGUGCUACCACUGCGUCUGCGAUGGGCUCAAUAGCAUUAAUCUAUAGUUUAAUUGGUACAGGUAUUAGUUGGGUACGUGAUGUUGAUGAUGAAUUAAAUACAGUGGCCAGUGGUGGUUUAACUGGUCUCCUUUAUCGAUCGACAGCUGGUUGGAAAAGCGCUUUACGAGGCAGUCUUUUUGGCUUGGGAUUAUCAUCACUAUACGUACUUGUUACUUCCAAAGAACGUCUUCAACCUUAUAUGUAA